GAUACUGACCAUCCCCAAUACAACUGAGGGGUUAUUAAUGUUAAUAUGACAACACCAAUACAAACAAACCGCUUCUGUCCCAACAGUCUGUAAAAAUGCAACGUUCAUUUUCCAUAGUCCACGAAAGCGAUCAGUCUGAUGACGAUCGGGACAACAUAGGCGAAACGUUCGAUUUAAAGGCCGACUUAUCGCACUCGGAUUCCGAAGAUUUAAGUCCAAAGAAAACAUUUAUUGAGAAAAAACCGGAGGCUCUGCCUAGAAGGAAAUCCAAUGCCGGACAAAAACCGGCAAAUUCGAGCGAUAGUGAGGACAGCGAGGGGGACGGCAAGAAAAAAUUGCCGGGUGAAUACGAUCCUACGCAAUACGAGAAUUUGGUGGUCGAUCCUGAAAUUGCCGAAAUUUUCCAAUAUAUACAAAGGUACACGCCCCAAAGCAUCAACACCGAAUACAAAUUCAAACCGUUCGUGCCGGAAUUUCUGCCGGCCGUAGGUGACAUCGAUGCAUUUUUGAAGGUGAUUCCCCCAGAAACCACUCUUGCCGGGGAUAUUUUCGACGAAAAUAUUCUACAAUUGGGACUUUUGGUACUGGACGAGCCGGCGUCGAACCAAAGCGACCCCGCUUUACUCCAUUUACAACUGAGGGCCGCCAGUGACGGAUUGUUGGGAGGAAACGAGCAAAAGAACAUCGUGGUAAAAAAGAUCGACAAUUUAGAAAAAAACUCCAAAGUUAUCGAUAAAUGGAUUAAGGACAUUUCCCACUUGCACAAGAGUAAAUCCUCGCCAGUUGUACGAUACUCUCAGCCGAUGCCCGAUAUAGAGGACCUAAUGCAACAAUGGCCAGAAGACUUGGAGCAAACGUUCAAACGCGAAGGCUUUCCCAAACCCGAAGAGAACCAGCCUAUAACCGAAUAUAUUGAGACAGUUUGCACUUACUUGCAAAUACCAGUAACUAAAAAUAAGGUGCAAUCUUUACACUUGUUAUUUUGUCUUUAUACAGCUAUUAAGCAAUUGAAGCUGUAUCAGAAUCAAGCUGCUAUAAGUGACGAGAAAAAGAGAGAAAAUAAUAGUGAGAAGAACCUGGAGGAAGCUGAUCAGUUGGUGCUAGAGUAGCUUUUGUAGUACCACAUGGAUAUGUGGGCAUAACUUAAGAGCCACUUAAAAUGUUUUUGUAUAUUUGUUUUUCAUUAAUAUAGAGAAGUUUCUGAGGGUAAAAA